CCCUCUGGUUGUAGGUGCCUUCUGCAUCCCCUUGUACGUGCCCUAUGUGCUGACGGGGAGAUGGAUCUUCGGGAGGAGCCUCUGCAAACUCUGGCUGGUGGUUGAUUACCUGCUCUGCACCUCUUCAGUAUUCAACAUCGUACUGAUUAGCUAUGACAGAUUCCUCUCGGUAACAAGAGCGGUCGUCUACAGAGCCCAGCAAGGCAACAUCAGGCAAGCGGUGCUGAAGAUGGUGAUGGUGUGGGUGUUAGCGUUCCUGCUUUACGGACCUGCCAUUAUCAGCUGGGAGUAUGUGUCGGGCCAGAGUGUCAUACCCACUGGGGAAUGCUACGCAGAAUUUUUCUACAACUGGUAUUUUCUCAUCACAGCCUCUACACUGGAGUUUUUCACCCCUUUCAUCAGUGUAACAUUUUUCAACCAGAGCAUUUACCUGAACAUACAGAAGCGUACCAAAAUACGUCUCGACACUUUCCACGAAGUGCACAACCAGUCCUUCACUGAAGAGAUGGAAAUGAGCCCAGAAGCAAAGCAGAAGGAACCAGCUGAAACCCUCGAUCUCUCUAAGAGCAAAGCUCAAGCAGCGGCUUCCACGGCCAGCCUGGCUGCCAAAGAUCUGCUGUCAACGAGCUCUGAGAAACCAAAGUGUUGCAAUAAAAAGAACUGUAAAAAUUCAGCGUGUAGUCCGUCCUUAGAGAAACGGAUGAAGAUCGUGUCCCAGAGCGUGGCUCAACACUUCAGGCUCUCUAGAGACAAGAAAGUGGCUAAAUCACUGGCAAUCAUCGUGGGCAUUUUUGGGAUUUGCUGGGCACCAUACACUCUCCUCAUGAUUAUCCAUGCUGGCUGCCAUGGCCACUGCAUCUCUGACUUCUGGUACGAGAUCUCCUUUUGGCUGCUGUGGAUCAAUUCGGCUGUCAACCCUGUCCUCUACCCUCUCUGCCACUACAGCUUUAGGAGAGCUUUUAUUAAACUCCUCUGUCCCAAGAAGCUAAAGAUUCAACCUCAUGAUCCCCUUCAGAAGUGCUGGAAGUGA